CUCGCCAAACCCGGACCAUUUCAUGCUAGCCGUAUCUGAGAGAAGGAAAAUCGAAAGACGGAGGCAGUGUCUGGAUUCUGUAGCAAAGCAAGCAGCUUUGCAGCAGCCGCUCCCAAAUAAUGGAUUCUUCGAAGAAAAAGAAAGGAGAAGAGGAGAAGAAAACAAAAGAAACCAAAACCAAAGCGAAAACUCCGGAGAAGAAGAAGGAGACCAAUACAAAGACCAAACCAAAGGCAACUUCAAAGAAACAGAAAACUAACAAGAUCAGCAAUGGUGCCGUGAGCGACUCCAAGGAUGUUGCCUCACCAACAUCAAACAAUGACUCGCAACAAAAACAACCCCACAAGAAGAGAAGUCUAGAGCCCAUAAAAAAUAAGCGAAGCGAGAGCAAGAAACCCAAGAAAAGCGGUAAAAAACAAGAGCUUGACGAUGAGGAAGAGAAAGAGGACAUGAAAUAUUCUGUCUUUCCCAUGAGUAGAAUUAAAAGGAUUAUGAAAAGUCAAGGUUGUGAUUCUGCAUUAACUGGGGAUGCUGUUUUUCUCGUUAACAAAGCUACGGAGAAGUUUCUUGAACAGUUUAGUGAAGAUGCCUAUGCAUGUUGUGUUAAGGAUCGUAAAAAAUCUGUUGCUUAUAAACACUUAGCAUCUGUUGUUUCUAAACAAAUGAGAUAUGAAUUUCUCUCAGGUGUGCGUAUUAUCCUGCCAACAAUCUAAAUAUGAGAUCAGGGUAUUUUUGGUUUUAAAGUAAGUAGAAUUCUGGAAUGAUAGUCUAAAUCUGGGCACAGUAGUCAUAUGAUUAACUGUACUGCUCUAAAGUUGUUUUUUCUUCUUUUCCAAGUAAGAGUGACAUACUUGGAAGUUUAAUACUGCCCAAACCAAGUGCCACAAACCAAUCUCUGGCCACAGUGUGGCUGGGGGCGAUUACUGCUCUGCCAUGGUGGGAAGCUGCUCAAGCGGUUCUCACCAGAAGUUCGGACAAGAAGGUGCUAAAUCCAUAUACAUAUGCUUCUCAACAUCUACCAGUUACUAACAGCCAUCUCCCGUUUAUUCUCAUGCUCUUCAGUACUCGGCUUCAUUGCUGGAGCCUGGCCUAUCCAUUAAUGUAUGCAGAAGUAUUGAACAGCAUGGAUGAUUUCAUGGCUGGACGUAUAGACCGUACUGAUUAGAAUGACCGUUGAUGCCGUAGGCAGUGGCUCCCAUCACCUUUUCAGCUGCAACCCUGAUUGGCUCAUUAAGGAGCCGCUUGUUGCCUAUAAAACGUUAUCUGACAUUGUAUUGAUGAACAAUAUUUUC